AUGGCCAGCUCGGGCGGCGGCGGUGGUGGGGCGGCAGCGCACGCCCACACCAACCGCCUGUCCAAGGAGGAGUCGCCUUACCUGCUGCAGCAUGCCCACAAUCCGGUGGACUGGUACCCGUGGGGAGAGGAGGCAUUCGAGCGUGCGCGCAAGGAGGACAAGCCCAUCUUCUUGAGCGUGGGCUACUCCACAUGCCACUGGUGCCACGUGAUGGAGCGGGAGAGCUUUGAGAGCGAGGAGACGGCGGCACUGAUGAACCAGCUGUUUGUCAACGUCAAGGUGGACCGAGAGGAGCGCCCAGACGUGGACAAAGGCAAGGGAUUUUACCGCCUGCUGCACAUGGCCACCUUCAGCCUGCGCCAGAUGGCGGCGGGGGGCAUGUGGGACCACGUGGGCGGCGGCUUCCACCGCUACUCGGUGGACGAGUACUGGCACGUGCCGCACUUUGAGAAGAUGCUGUAUGACAACCCGCAGCUGGCCGCCACAUACCUGGCUGCCUUCCAGAUCACACGGGACGCGCAGUACGCAGGCGUGGCGCGCGGCAUCUUUGACUACCUGCUGCGCGGCAUGACCCACCCGGGGGGCGGCCUGUUUGCCGCGGAGGAUGCGGACUCUCUUGACCCAGCCAGCGGCGACAAGAAGGAGGGAUGGUUCUACGUGUGGAGCUGGGAGGAGCUGCAGCAGCUGCUGGGCCCCGAGGACGCCCCCGCCUUCUGUGCCCACUACUACGCCAAGCAGGGAGGCAACUGCGACCUGUCCCCCCGCAGCGACCCUCACGGGGAGUUUGUGGGCCUCAACUGCCUCAUACAGCGGCAGAGCCUGGCGCAGACGGCGGCGGCCGCGGCGCGCGGCGAGGCCGACACGGCGGCGGCGCUGGCGGCGUGCCGCGAGAAGCUGUUCCGGGCUCGGGAGCGGCGGCCGCGCCCUCACCGCGACGACAAGGCGCGCGCACGCGGGAGGGGAGGGGCUUGGCCGCGCAUCCUGAGCAACCCCUGGCAGCAUCGGCUUCUUAUCGUGGCGGCCUGGAACGGCAUGGCUAUCUCCGCCUACGCCCUCGCCUCCCGCAUCCUGCCGCACGAGCAGCCGCCCGCUGCCCGCUGCUUUCCUGUCGAGGGCCGCCCACCUGGCGACUACCUGCAGGCGGCGCUGCAGGCCGCCGCCUUUGUGCGGCAGCACCUGUGGGACGGCGAGACGGGGCGCCUGCGCCGCUGCUUCACGACGGGGCCCUCUGCGGUGGAGGGCUUUGCCGAUGACUACGCCUGGAUGGUGGCGGGACUGCUGGACCUCCAUUCUACCACCGGCGACUGGGCGCUGCAGCUGCAGGGCACGAUGGAUGAGGUGCUGUGGGAUGAGGCGGGGGGCGCCUACUUCUCCGGUGUGGCGGGCGACGCCUCCAUCCUGCUUCGCAUGAAGGAGGACUAUGAUGGCGCCGAGCCCGCCGCCUCCUCCAUCGCAUUGGCCAACCUGUGGCGCCUGGCGGGGCUGUGCGGCACAGAGGAGUCGGCGCGGUGGCGCGAGCGCGCCGCCAAGUGCGCCGCCGCCUUUGCGGAGCGGCUGGGCGAGGCGCCCGUGGCCUUGCCCCAGAUGGCCGCCUCGCUGCACCUCCUCACCCUGGGACACCCGCGGCAGGUCAUCAUCGCGGGGGCCCAGGGCGCCCCAGAUACCCAGGCGCUGCUGGACGCCGCCUUUUACUCCUUCACCCCCGACAUGGUUGUGAUCCAGCUGGACCCAGGCAGCAGCCAGGUGAUGGACUUCUGGCGGCAGCGCAACCCAGAGGCGGUGGCGGUGGUGGAGGUGAUGGGCAUGCAGGCGGGGGACCCCGCCACUGCCUUCAUCUACCAGGCCCCCACCAGGGACCCCGAGAAGGUGAAGCAGGUGCUGGCGGAGCCUCGCAUCAGCGCCGCCAAACCCGCCGCACAGUUCCAGCUCCCCGGCACCAAGCGCUGA